ACUAGCGCAAUGGCUCCUGGAGUCCAGAUGAGAGUAGCCUCUGGACAUCUUGAGAUCCUUCAGGUGUAUCAGCUGCUGCAGUGUGUGCGUCACGGAGACAAGAACAAAAUUAAGAAGCUGCUUCGUCUGGGCGUUCCAAACCUCCUCAACCUGUCAGAGCCCAGCGAGGGCCAGGCUGCCCUGCAUCUGGCCUGCAUCGCUCCCGAUCCAGAAAUGGUGGAGUUCCUGCUCUCUCAGGGGGCCCUCCCAAUUGUACAGGACCUGAAGGGCCGGACCCCUGCGAUGAUGGCAGCAGAGCUGGGCCAGGACUCCACCAUGGUUCUCCUAGCUAAAAGUCAGGCCGAUAUGGAGCUGGUGGAUCACCAGGGCAAAGGGGUGCUGUUCUACUGUCUCCAUCCCACCGCGCUUCACCAGUGCUGCCUGCAGGUGGCGCUCAUCAAUGGAGCCGACCCCAACAACAGCUCUGCAGCGGGGGUGCCGGUGCUGGUUCUGGCCUGUCAGAGGGCUCCAGAGUUCAGCAGCAUGGGUCUCAGCCUGCUGGACCAGGGCGCCGACCCUAACGCCGUCAGCCAGGUGACGGGACUAACAGCACUGAUGGAGGCGUGCCGCGUGGGGGCCGUGGACCUGGCCAGGGACAUCCUACAGCGGGGGGGCGACCCCAACGCUCUGGACCAGCGGAGGAGGACAGCCGCCCACCUGGCUGCACAGGGGGGCUUCUUCGAGGUGUUAGUGUUGUUGUCUGCGUAUGGAGCUGACCUGGGCUGUGCAGACCGGGACCUCAGUAACCCCCUGCACAAGGCUGCAGCCGAAGGCUUUGCAGAUUGCUGCCGCUUCCUGGCACAGAGAGGCUGUAACACCAAACAGAAGAACGUGGAUGGCCUCCUACCUCGACAGUUGGCAACAGACAAGGCAACCUCCAAGGAGCUGAAGAAGGCCGAGACGCUCCAGGGGAAGCUGUCCAAACCCGGGGCCGAGGACCCCAACCCAUCCUGGAAACUCACCCUGCACGACUGGUCCUGUGAGAACCAGGACGCCCUGCGCACUGCCAUGGAAACCAUGGAGGAUGCGGAGGCUUGUCUGGAAACCGUUGCCAUGGGCACAUUUUCCACCGUGUUGAAGGAUCACAAAGCACCGCUGGAGGAAGACCAGCUCCUGCAGAUCAUUCAGGCCCACCAGCAGGGCGGGGACCAGGCGAUGGACCUGGGGGAGUUCUUCAAGGGCCUCGGCUACCUGCAGAAGGCCUUCACCCUCGGCUCCUACGACCCCAAACCGGAGAAGAAGAAGAAGAAGGCGGGAAAGGGGCCGGGCCGGGGCAAGUCUGUCCCACCCAUGCCCAUAUGCAUCCUCCCCGAGCUCCUGAUCCGCCGACGGCCAGACGUACGGCACCCGGAGUUCAUGAUCAAGCAACGCCAGCCCGCCAUAGACAGCGGGUUCUUCGUCCCGGGCCGCCGUCCACGCAACGCCAUCGAGGACGACCGCGCGUGGUACAUAGACCAGCCCGAUCAGGUGUUUAUACACAUCAACCACUGUGUGAAGACAUCUGACCUGGAGUCCCUGAGCCUUGCCUUUAGCCAGGGGGUACCGGUGGACGUUCAAGACCGCUACUACAAAACACCUCUGAUGACCGCAUGCAGCAUUAUCAACCUGGAAGUGGCCAGGUUCCUCAUCUCAAUGGGUGCUGACGUGAACUCGAGGGACCAGUUAGGCUGGACGCCGCUCCACCACGCCUGCCACACCGGUCGGCUGGACAUGGUGGAGCUGCUGGUGAGUGCGGGCGCCAAGGUGGACGCCGCGGCCCUCCACGGGGGCACGCCCCUAAUGACGGCCAUCGACAGCCGUGCUCUCUGCUGCGUGGAGUACCUGAUCAACGCCGGAGCCGACGUCAUGGCGGAGACCAAACACGGUGAGGACUGCCUGGCCCUAGCCAGAUCCUACGAUGAUGAUGAGCUGUCAGAGCUGGUCCAGUCGAAGGUUGACCGCAAGCACCAACACAAGGAGCAGAAGGGGAACAGUGGCGGCACAUCGAAGAAGACCCCACAAGAUCCCCCGCAGCAGGUUCAGAAGCCCUUGAAGAGAGGGGAGGAUGUCUUACACCUUCACCAUAAUAUCAGCAGCGGUAAUGGCCUCAAACGGGACAUUAGCUUUGUACCACGACUGCCCCUCCCCCCUAUCCCCCAGCCCCUCUCCCCUCAGGUCAGGGGCUGCCAGGCGACCACUGCACAGUUGAUUGACCGGAGCGAGGAAAGAGCGCCUCGCACAUCAGUUGGAUUUUGA